AUGACUGCUGACUUUGAUGUGGGAACAAAUGCUACUCAUACCUGUAAUGAAGGUUUCAUUCUGUUGAUCGGACCUGAGAUUCGAACGUGUCAAGACACAGGGAGAUGGUCUGGCUUCAUUCCUGUGUGCCGACGAUAUGACUGCCGAUUUUUUGAUGAGGGAACAGUGGCUACUCAUACCUGUAAUGAUGGUUUCAUUCUGGGUAUCGGAUCUGAGACUCGAACGUGUUUAGAAACAGGGAGGUGGUCUGGCUUCACUCCUGUGUGCCGAGCGCAAUGUCCAGUACUGGAACCCAUUCAAAACGGAGCUAUUACAUAUUUUCCUGAUUUUAUUCCUGAUUUUAAUGACGGAACAGUUGCUACAUAUAGAUGUAAUCCUGGUUUCUUUCUGGUCGGAAUUGCAACUCGAACGUGCUCAAUCUCAAGUACUUGGGCUGGCCAGCCUCCUGUGUGCCAACCGGUGGAAUGUCCAGCACUGCCAUCCAUUCCAAACGGAGCUAUUACAUAUGGUCCUGAUACAAUUGCUCCUUUUAAUGUGGGAACAGCGGCUACUCAUAGCUGUAAUGAUGGUUUCAUUCUGGGUGCUGGAUCUGAGAUUCGAACGUGUUUAAACUCAGGAAUAUGGUCUGGCCUGACCCCUGUGUGCCGAGCGCAAUGUCCAGUACUGGAACCCAUUCAAAACGGAGCUAUUACAUAUUUUCCUGAUUUUAUUCCUGAUUUUAAUGACGGAACAGUUGCUACAUAUAGAUGUAAUCCUGGUUUCUUUCUGGUCGGAAUUCCAACUCGAACGUGCUCAAUCUCAAGUACUUGGGCUGGCCAGCCUCCUGUGUGCCAACCGGUGGAAUGUCCAGCACUGCCAUCCAUUCCAAACGGAGCUAUUACAUAUGGUCCUGAUACAAUUGCUCCUUUUAAUGUGGGAACAGCGGCUACUCAUAGCUGUAAUGAUGGUUUCAUUCUGGGUGCUGGAUCUGAGAUUCGAACGUGUUUAAACUCAGGAAUAUGGUCUGGCCUGACCCCUGUGUGCCGAGCUGGUUGUGAAGCAGAGAUAUACCAGAAUCAUUCUUGGCCCAACACGGCACUUUGGUCUACUGCACUGUCCCCUUGUCCAUGUGUUGAAGUAUUGGGUGUGUUCGCAGGGAAUGUCAGCAGACAGUGCUCUGGGUCAAUCAGUGAGGGAGGUAUGUGGAAGGAUGAGCUUGACCUCAGCAGCUGUGAGACUACACUUUCAGAUAUAUCCCGGGAAUUGUGUGAGAUUACAAGCGGACUCUCAUCAAAUAUGACAACUCAAGUGUCCAAUCAGAUUGCCAACAUCACAUCCAAACCUCAAAAUCUGACUGCAAGUCAACUCACCUUGGUUACUGCAAUAGUAGAGCAAGUAGCAGUAGAAGCUGCUGUCAACCAAGAGGUGAGGGACAACUAUCUUCAAACAAUCAACAAUAUUCAGCAAGCCGAUGUUGACGUCAUCUAUGAGAGCCAGCUAGCAAUGAAUUCAUCAACAAGGAUUCUUGCAAGCCUCGAAACAUUUCUGGACAAUCUCAAUACUUCAACUGUUUCCAGAAACUCCACAAGCAUGCAAUCAGACUGUUUUAAGUUUUGAAACAUUUGCUAUGACAGUGCAAGAUUUAGACCCUGACAGUUUCCAGGGCCAGACAUUUGUUGUUGAUUUAGGCCCUGUCGAAGAGGCAGUGAACAAUACUGGCGUUAUUGACCAAGAUGCUCUGAUGACGGCUAAUG